AGUGAUCCAAGUCCCACAUAUCAGCGGACGAUCAAGAAUGUCAACACCGAUGUCAACCUUCGUAUACAGAACCUGAACAUUUUGAUCAGACACAUCAAAAGCUACUAUCAGGAGAAUCUGCAGCAGCUUAUUGUCAUGAACCUGCCCAACGUGCUGGCCAUCAGCAAGGACCCCCUGUCAGCGAAAAGCAUGGAAGAAAUGAAGAGGCUGCUUCUGUUAAUGCUGGGCUGUGCUGUACAGUGUGAGCAAAAAGAGGAGUUUAUCGAGAAGAUCAAGUCGCUGGAGAUCGAAACACAGGCUGCCAUCGUCACACACAUACAGGAGGUGACCCACAACCAGGAGAAUGUGCUGGACAUGCAGUGGAUGGAACUGGCGGAGCUUCCGGUCCAGGAGCUGGACGUUCUGUCCCGGGGCAUGGCGUCCCACCUGCGCAAGCUCAUCGAUGAGCGGGACGAUUUCGCAGAGGUGAUCGUGGAGCUGACCCAGGAGAGGGACUACCUACAGUCCCACCAGAUAUCCGGCGGCUUCCGGAACUCGAACCCGGAGCAUCCGGCGGUGCCGCUCAGCAAGGAGGACAGGCAGCACCUGGCCGUGGAGCUGGCGGACAGCAAGGCCCGACUGCGGCGUUCCCGGCAGGAGCUGGAGGAAAAGACGGAGCAGCUGAUUGACGCCAAGAGCGAGAUCGAGAGGCUGGACAUGGAGAUCCAAAAACUCAAGCAAGAGAACACACAGCUGGUGCUGGAGGUGCGGUCCGCCCGGGUCUACCGGGACGAGCUGGACGCGCUGCGGGAGCGAGCGGCCCGUGUGGACCGGCUGGAGACUGAGCUGACCCGCUGCAAGGAGAAGCUGCACGACGUCCACUUCUACAAGACCCGUGUGGAGGAACUGCGGGAGGACAACCUGACUCUGCUGGAGACCAAGGCCAUGCUGGAGGAGCAGCUGGUGGGGGCCCGGGGCCGCUGUGACAGGCUUCACGAGCUGGAGAAGGAGAACCUGCAUCUGCGCUCCAAGCUGCACGACGUGGAGAUGGACCGUGACGCGGACAAGAAGCGCAUCGAGGAGCUGGUGGAGGAGAACAUGGCACUGGAGAUCUCGCAGAAGCAGAGCAUGAACGAGUCGGCCCACCUGGGCUGGGAGCUGGAGCAGCUGGCCAAGAACAGCGAAGCCAGUGAAACCAGCAAAUCGUUUGUGCUCGAGCUGAAUGAGUCCGUGUCCAGCCGUUUGCUGAAGCUGGAGAAGGAGAACCAGAGCCUGCAGAGCACCAUCCAGGAGCUGCGGGAGGCCUCGGUUUCUCUGGAGGACGGCCGCCUGCGUGCCCAGGAACUGGAGAAGGAGAACCAGGGUCUCAGCAAGAAGCUGGAGAGGCUGCAGACGCUGCUGGACCAGGAGAAGCAGGCCACCAAAGAUGUGGAGCAGUUAGGAGAUGAGCUGCGCAAGGACAAGCAGAGGCUGCAGAAGACGCUGGAGACGGUGCAGGCUGACAGGGACAGACAGAUCUUGGAGCUGGAGCAGGAGAAGGAGCAUCUGAGCCAGGCGGUGGCCUCCCUCCGCAAGCGAGCCCAGGCCGACAGCGAGGCCCGUGUGCGGGAGGUGGAGAAAGAGAAUCGCAUCCUUCACCAGACCAUCUCUGACACGGGCGGCAAGCUCACCCGCCUGGAGGUGGAGAAGAGGCAGGCGGUGAAGGAGCUGGAACAGCUUCGCGAGCGGGCCGAGCAGGCCGCGGACCUGGAGAUGGAGGUGGCCCGUCUGGAGCGCGGCCGCGAGCAGCUGCAGAAGCAGGCGGCCGCCUUGCAGAUCACCUGCGACAAGGCUGACGCCCUGGGGCAGGAGAACGCCACGCUGGAGCAGGACAACCGCAGGCUGAAGAAGAUGGCCGAUGCAGCCAGGAACUCGGCGCUGCAUCUAGAGGCGCUGGAGAAGGACCACCAGCAGCUGGCCGAGGAGAACCUGGACCUCCGGCGCAAGCUGGAGGCGCUGAAGGCGGCCGACGUAAAGCUGUCGCAGGUCCAGCAGGAGAACGCGGAGCUGGAGCGGGAGCGGGAGCAGCUGAGCCGCGACGUCGACGACCUCCGGGUCCUGGGGAAGAAGGCCGAGCGGCUGGAGCUCAGCUGCCAGAGCCUGAGCUUGGAGAAGCAGCGGCUGCAGAGGUCACUGGACGACAGCACUGCCAAGGCCCAGAGGCUGGAGAGAGAGCUGAGCGAGGCGGAGGUGGAGAGCCAACAGCUACGUAGGGAGCUGGAGGAGCUGCGAGCGGCCGGCAGGCGUCUGGAGGGCCUCGAGGCGGAGAGGCGCCGGGGAGACCAGGAGCUGGCGCAGGCGGAGAAGGAGCGCAAGCAGCUGGAGAAGGAGGCUCGCAGACUCCGGCAGCAGCUGGAGCUGAAGGAGGCUGCGCUGGACGAGAGCGCUCUGCGUCUGGCCAGCCUGGAGAAGGGGAGCAGCGCCCUGGACAGAGAGCUGAACCGUCUGAAGGAGACCGCCGGCAGGGUGAAGGAACUGGAGUGGGAGAACAAGGAGCUACAGAAACAGGCCACCAUCGACAAGCGGACCCUGGCCACUCUUAGGGAGGAUCUGGUGAAUGAGAAGCUGAAGGUCCAGCAGCAGUGGAAUGAGCUGGAAGCCCUGAAUCAGGAGCUAGAGAAGAUCGGGCUGAACCGGGAGAAGCUCCUGCAGGAGGAGCACAGCUCCGAGGACAGCUGUGGCAAAUACAAGAUCCUUGAGACGAAGAUUGAGUCAGCACUGAAGAAGACCUUGGAGAUCCGUGAGGAGAAGAUCCAAGCUCUGGAGUCGCGUCUGGAGGAGUCGGGAAACUUGAAUCAGCAGCUACGUAUGGAGCUUAUGACUGUGAAGAGGAACCUGGAGGCCCUAAAGCAGAGGCAGGAGGAGGAAGAGGCCCACUCCCAGGCUGCAGAGGAGGUGCCCGGCCAGGAGAAAUGGAGCACAGAGCAGAGGGAGGCCACAGCGCAGCUUCUCAGACUCAAAGACAGACUCAUCGACAUUGAGAAGAACAAUGCCACACUGCUGACAGAGAAGCAGCUGUUGAAGGAGCAGCUCCGGCAGCUGGACUCGCAGAACACGCAGCUGAAUGCGCAGCUCCUGGGUCUGCAGAGGCAGUCGGCCUCGCAGCAAGAGCACAGCACGGCUCUGCAUACGCAGAUGGCUCAGCUGCAGGUGGAGAAAUCCACCCUGAGCUCCCAGAGCGCCUCUCUGCUGGCCCAGAACACGGCGCUGCAGGGCCAGGUGCGCACACUAGAGGGCGAGCUGGAGGCCCUGCAGCGGCAGAGGGAGGAGAUGAGGACGGCCCAUGAGGGCAUCCUGCUGGACCACGAGCGCCUGCUGACCGUCCACGAGCAUCAGGCCGCCGAGUACGAGCAGCUCAUUGGCCAGCACACAGCGCUGAAGAGCGCCCAGCGCGGUCUGGAGCAGGAGCACCGCGGGCUGGAGAGCAAGUACGCCAUGCUGAUGUCUCAGAAGUCAGCCGUGGCGGAGCUGGAGAGCACAGUGCAGAAAGAGAGGGACAAGCUUGAGGGGGAGAUGAAGACGAACUCCCUCAUCCUGGCGGAGAACCAGGGUCUGCGGGGGGAAAUAGACAGGCUGCUGCAGGCGCACGAGCAGCUGGGAAAGGAAUAUGAUGGGCUUCAGCUGCAGUCCAAGGAUCUGAAAACGUCACUGAACAAUGCACAGCUGGAGCUGAACCGGUGGCAGGCCAGAUAUGACCAGCUCAAAGAGAAACACCAGCACCUGGAUAUCUCCCACACCAAGCUGGGCAACCACUGUGAGUUGCUGACUCGUCUGAAGGGCAACCUCGAGGAGGAGAACCACUACCUGCUGAGUCAGAUCCAGAUGCUGAGUCAGCAGAACCAGACUUUGUUGGAGCGGACCAUGGAGAGCAAGGAGAUGUACCACGAGGAGCAGAAGCAGUAUAUUGACAAGUUAAAUUCACUCAGGCGCCAGAAGGAGAAACUGGAAGAGAAGAUUAUGGAUCAGUACAAAUUUUACGACCCCACGCCGAAGAAGAGGAACCAGUGGGUCGGCGCUAAAGCUCUGGCAAAACUGAUCAAGCCGAAGAAGGAGAAUGGGAGGGAGCGGCUCCGCAGUGCCCCCGACCUGCCGCUCCCCGCUCCCCCUCCCCACGACCACUCUGACGGGCUGCCCCCUCUGCCACCACCCCCCCUGCCCCCGCGGCAGUCUCGCCGUAGUCUGGAUGGCACGGCACCCCACCCGAGCGGAGACAAGAGCAGCCGCUCACCCAGCCUGACGCCUACACACAAUAACAGAGCACCCCUAGCAGCCGUACAGUUAUGCUUUCCGAGAACUAAGGUCCGGGAGAAGGUGAAGCGGCCGUGGGGCUGCCCAACGUGGAGCCUUCUCUCUGCGCUCCUGCCAUUCUGGGCCUCCUCUUCCCCACGCAGGCCCACUUCCCUCGGCCAAGGGAGGGGUCAGCACCGAACUGCGGGGGGCAGUGGGGAUGGUGGGACUGGCCCUGAGGAGCGGCUUUUGAGGUGCACAUACUCCCCCACCCGGCACAGCACCCCGGGACACACUUCCAGCUCCAGCAGCAGGCUGGCGCACAGGCCCAGAGAUGAGGAUGUGCGUCCGCAGUCCUUUGAUGCGGUUUUCGUGACUGGUGUCCAAGGCAACACAGAUUACUGGCCCAACGCUACGGAAAUCAGCCGAAACACAUCCAGUACCAACUCACCCAUCAACGCUAGAGGCUCUGCGGAGCGACUCCACAGCCAAGGCGGCAGCCUGUCCAGCGAUGACGUCACAGGCCUGGGCCCCAAAGUGCCGGGUGUCCCUGGGGACGCCUCUCUGGGCCGCAGCAGCCCGCUCUCAUCGCUGUCUCAGUCCUCCACGCUGCCCUAUGACUCCUCGCCCCAGAGGAGCAGCUCACGCCCCCCCCGACGUCGCCCCUCGUCCCCUGGCAGCGAGAUGGUCACUCUGGAGGAGUUUCUGCAGGAGACCAACACUCCCCCUGCCCCUGUGGUGCAGGGCUGCAGCCACGAGGACCUGGUGACCGAGUACUUUAUCAAAGCCGGAGAGAGGUCUGGAACCGGCCAAGCGGCGCCCCUGAAAGACGGAGCAAAGGCCCCCACCAGUUACGUCAGUCCCACUGUGAAAGCUUCAGUCUCCGGCGAGGGUAGAGCUCCCAAGCCUGGACAGAGUGUCAAGCCCAGCAUCCGUCAGCCAGACAACCACAUCCCACCCAACUUCCGGGCAGGUGGUGGACCCCAGCGGUCUUCUAGCACCCGAGCUUCCAGUGGCAGUCUGCACCGGGCCUUCAGUCUAGCAUCAGCCGACCUCCUGCACGCCAGUGGACCUGACAGUUACCAGCAGGAGAACGACCCCCAGUCGGGGGGUGACCCAGCCCAGGCAGAUGUGGUGAGGAGGGCUGGGAUCGUCUCGCGAGAGAGGCCUCUGUCCGCCCGGCUGGCUGGCCCCUUCGGUGACUCUAGUGAGGUGGACCAUCACUCUCUGGAUGCCCGUCGGCUGUCCUACGCCCCUCCCAAAGAGGAGCGUUCCCUUAGCCCCCGGCACCAUUCCUCUUCCGCCUCAUUGUCUGCCGGCCCAGCCCUGUCGGAGCGGCACGGCCGCGGAGCAGCCAGGGCGCCCUCACGCCAGACCACAUCACAUCACCGUGGGGAGGUCGCCAUGGUGACGCCGGUGCGGGCCGUGAUGGCCGUGCAGCAGGAGGAGAGGGACGAACCCCGAGAGAUCCGUCGGACAGAAUCUCCUCUUGCGAAGAAACAGGAGGGAGCUGGAGGCAUCUCCAGCACGGAGGGACCCCCCAAGAACACCCCCCCCAAGAACACCCCCGGCUCUCCUGAUCCCAGCAGUGAUGCACAGACCGUGUGGUAUGAAUACGGCUGCGUAUGAGCUGUUGAGAAGAACACCUCAUGCGCAUUUGCAGGAGAGACCUCUGGUCAAAACCUGUGUGUGUUUAUCUGUGUCCAACACCCACGUGAACAAUCAUUUUUGUCUCCAUUAUUUAUAAAGCAUGUAAAAAAGUGAUAUCAUCUACUGUAAAUAAUUGAAUGAGAUAAGUCAGUGGGAAAUUGAUCUUGUAAAACAGUAUUUAUUUUCAUUUAAAAGGAGCAUGUAAGCUACAGCAGGCACUACAGCACAUAAGUCUGGUUUGCAUAUUGGUUUUUGCGAUGUGAUGCUGUUGUUUUGGCUCUAGUCUAUCAUGGACGUUAUUGGCUCUUCAUCUGCGACUUAUAUCAAUCCUACAAGAAGUGACUUUUGGUUUACGAAAACAUUGGUGGAAAUUUCUGAGCCAGUUCAGACCACUAAAUAUCAAAUUAUAUAAACGAGCGUUACACAUUGUACCAAGCAUCCAGAUUUUCAUUAGACUCUGGUUCUGAAGUGUUAAGAACCUGGAUUUUAUUAACCUUUUACAGAACUACAGCUUCCACGGGUGACAAAGAAGUUACUGGUUUUUCCAUCAUUACCACACCCACGCAGCUGUUAUAUACUCAAAUGAUCUCACGGUAUGAAAACCUCUCUGUUCAACAGAUUAUGGAUGACACUUGAUCAAGUGAACCUUAUCUGUGGAUCAGCUGAUAAUUUCCUUUCUAUCCAUCCACCUUCCUACUGCUUAUGCCGUGCAAACCUCAAAUUUAGUAGUAAGUGACACUGUAGCUGGAUCAGGCAAAAUGAUAGUUUAUGUGAAAUGUUGGUGUGUAGUAAUAUCAGUUAUUGAAGUGUAAGAUGAGAGGAAGGUUCUCAGAAUAUAUGUGUGUUAUGUGAGACACCCCUGGUUUGUAGUUUCAGCUUUUUGUGCACAACACUGCUAUUCAUGUUCUAUUCUGAUUCAGAAAAACCAAAGUUUGGAAAUGAGAAAAUACCCACACCCAGCAUAAUUGCAGCGUAAUUACAACCUCGAGCUGGUGUAGCAGAGGACAGUGUUUGUCCAUCUUAUUGACGACCUCGGGACCUGAUUACUGGAAAUGUCUCCGCGCUCUGAAAUGUUCUUUUCCUGUUUGCUGUGGGUUUUUUCCGUUCCCCGACCGAUGAACUCUGCUCAGAUUUCAAAGCUGCUUUUAGGGGGCGCGUGUGUAACUGACAGAGACACUCACACUGUGCCUUUUAAAUCUCCACAGCCCACGUCUUCGCAGCAUAUUCCCUGCGUUCAGGCCAAUGAUUGCUCUGCGUGUGUUCGGAUGUGCGUCUUGUCCAGAGCUGAAAUUGUGCACAGCAAUAUAUUUUUUUGUAAAUACUAUGCAGUGAUUUAAAUAUAUUUAAAGCGCUAAAGCAAGGGUGGGGAACCUGUUCUAUCGAGGGCGGGGUUUUUAGAGUGACCUCUCAAUCAGCCAAUAAUAAAGCAGGGGUGGGGAACCUGUUCUAUCGAGGGCGGGGUUUUUAGAAUGACCUCUCAAUCAGCCAAUAAUAAAGCAGUGCUUCUCCACUCCAGUCCUGGGCAUCCAGUAUUAUUAGCUGAUUGGCUGAAUUUAGGAAUUAAUGUGGCAACAAGGUGUUUUUUAAAGCUGUGUGUGUGUGUGUGUGUGUGUGUGUGUGUGUUUUUUCUUUUUGUUCUUGUUGAUUCAAUACAAUAUUGCAGUGUUUAUUGGUUAUUGUGCAUACAACUAAAUACUUUUCAGAUGGUUACUGUUAUUAAAAAAUACAGUAUCAUUUUCUUUAUCUUGAGUAAAAUGCACUGCAUAUAUUUCAAUAUCAUUCAAAUGUGUGAUGGUUUUACAGCUGUCCAUGUGACAGACUUACAUGUCACUGAGAAUUUUUAAUCCUGCUGAUGUCACUGUCAGAACUUACCUUCAGAAGAAAGCUAUGAAUGAUGGAUCCGUUGCACUUGUUAUACCAAAAGUGUAGUAUAUAGAUGCUGUAAAUUUUCCCAAUUUUAGAAAAUGUGUACUUUUAAUACUAAUUAUGUUAUAUAUGUAUUACAAAUGGUGCAGGAUUUUCAGUGGUCUUGUCUGUGCAGAUCUGCUGUAAGAACUGUAUAAAAGCGGUGAGAAAAUUGAAAUGUUUUUCUGACACUUAACGUCUAACACAUCAAAUGUCAGAUCUCACUUGUCGUUGUUUCUCAGCACCUGCUGCAUCUGUGAAUGAUCCCAGCAAGAAUAUUUUUUUGUUAAACUCCAGCAAGAUUUGUAAUAAAGAUUUGUUUGCA